AAUUGUUUAUGUUGAAGGUGAAUCUAUAGUAGAUAAUGUAGUUCGUGGAUAUGAUACUGUUUGGGCAUAUUAUUAUGAACAUCAGAAAGGAAAUAUUAGUCAAAAUAGUUUAGAAAUGAAUGUAGGCUUUAUCAUUCAUUGUGGAACAUUUUCCUAUGCUGAAAUGCCUCUUGAUUUUGCAUUUAUUGGUGAUGUAACGGGUACAUUGAAACCACUUGCUACUACAGAAAAAUAUAUAUUACGAGAAGUUUAUAGAGUUCAGAAAACAACGUAUAUGCCGUCAGUAUUUGGUAGUGUUAAUCGUACAUUUGAUGAACGUACUGAUGUUGAAGUAGUAACAGAAUCGGGAUAUUUUAUGAGAAUUCGUGGAGAAAUUGAUACAAUAUGUAAUGUAAGUCGUGCCAUUCUUGUAUUUUUUGAAUCAGAAAUUAAAUUAAUAAAAUUUUAUAAUUCAGAUGAAUUAUCAUCUUUAGAACACGAUGUACAAAUUAUUACAGAAAAAGUUUCUGUUAAAGAUCGAGAUCUAUAUAUCAAACGUGCAGCAACUAUUGGCAGAGUUACAUUAUUAACUCGAACAUUUGGACGAGGAACUGAUUUUAUAUGUCGAAAUCAAGAUUUAUUAGCUAAAGGAGGUAUUCAUGUUCUUCAAACAUUUCUCUCUGAAGAAUUAUCUGAAGAAUAUCAAAUAAUGGGGAGAGGUGCGCGACAAGGAGAUUGUGGUUCCUAUAGAAUGGUUUUAUUAAGUAAAGAUUUAGAAUGGAUUUUGGGUUCAGCUUGGAAAGAAGAACUUUAA